CCGCAGGAUGGCUUCGGGUGUCAAGAAGCCCAACGUGCCGUCCGCCAGCCAGAAGCGGAGAGCGGGGCCGAAGCCCGAGCUCACGGAGGAGCAGAAGCAGGAGGUCCGCGAGGCCUUCGACCUGUUCGACGCGGACGGCAGCGGCACCAUCGACGUGAAGGAGCUGAAGGUGGCGCUGCGGGCGCUGGGCUUCGAGCCCCGCAAGGAGGAGAUGAAGAGGCUGGCGGCCGAGGUGGACCGCGAGGGCACCGGCAAGAUCAGCUUCAACGACUUCCUGGCCGUGAUGACGCAGAAGAUGGCGGAGAAGGACAGCAAGGAGGAGAUCCUGAAGGCCUUCCGCCUGUUCGACGACGACCAGACGGGCAGCAUCUCGUUCCGCAACCUGAAGCGCGUGGCCUGCGAGCUGGGCGAGGGCCUCACGGACGAGGAGCUGCAGGAGAUGAUCGACGAGGCCGACCGCGACGGCGACGGGCUGGUGGACGAGGAGGACUUCCUGCGCAUCAUGCGGCGGGCCAGCCUGUGCUAG